AUGGAGGUGGAAAAGUCCAAGCUCGCGUCAGCAGCAGGUGCGGUAGCUGGCAAUGGGCCUCACCACGAUCGUUGCUGUACUUAUAAUGAAAACAACUUGGUGGAUGGUGUUUACUGUGUGCCAAUUGGACACUGGAUUGAGACCACCGGAGAGACCAAUGAGAUGAAGCACACAACGGCUUUCUAUCUUAACAUAGCAGGCCACCAAGCCAUGCAUUAUUCAAGAAUUCUACCUAAUAUCUGGCUGGGCAGCUGCCCUCGCCAACUGGAACACGUAACCAUCAAACUGAAGCACGAACUGGGGAUUACAGCGGUCAUGAAUUUCCAGACCGAAGGGGAUAUCGUCCAGAAUUCUUCAGGCUGUAACCGCUACGCUGAACCCAUGACGCCAGACACUAUGAUCAGACUGUAUAAAGAGGAAGGCUUGGUCUAUAUCUGGAUGCCCACUCCAGACAUGAGCACAGAAGGCCGUGUGCAGAUGCUGCCUCAAGCCGUGUGCCUCCUGCACGCCCUGCUCGAGCAAGGCCACACCGUGUACGUCCACUGCAACGCUGGCGUGGGCCGCUCCACCGCGGCCGUGUGCGGCUGGCUGCAGUACGUGGCGGGAUGGAGCCCGAGGAAGGUGCAGUAUUUCCUCAUGGCCAAGAGGCCGGUCGUGUACAUCGAUGAAGAGGCCCUAGCUCGGGCGCAAGAAGACUUCUACCAGAAGUUUGGGAAGCUGCGUUCUUCCAUACACAAUCUGUAGCAGGCUAUGCCACCUCCCCUUCCUCCCAGUUUCUUAAGGAGUCUGAGGUAAUGUUAGGGAAAUGACCCAGAAACAGAGAUCUUACCUGACCAGGAAGGACUGUGGGCAUUCGCGCCUGCUCCAGGCCACCCUGUCACCAGGGGCUGUCUAUUAUGCCUUUUAGGGGCUGUAGCUUUACAAGGGAAGCUGUGACUGACACCCAGCAAAGGCCAAAAGCAGUGGGGUGGGCGGUGCUGUUCCAGGAUUGGAAUGCAAGAGUACUGUGCAGUCCCGGAUGCUGCGGACGGAGGAGAUCUUGUGCAGAUGCUGGUUAUGUGGUUUUCAUCACUGGUGUGUAUGCACACACACACACACACACACACACACACACAGCUUUUUGUUGAACUGAACUGAAAUACGGUCAUUUGCCAAAGGAGGAAACAAAGGGGGAAGCCUAGAUCAGGCUGGAAGAUGAGCUCACAGGGGCCUUUUAGGGGUUUUCUUGGUUUUGUUUAUUUAUUUAUUUUAAAGAGAAUGAAGAAUUAGUAAAAAAAGAAAGAAAUGA